AGCGCUGAGGGUUUUCCUGCGCCGCCAUCUUGGCCGCUGCCGCGGGUCCGGGCGGGGCGGAGCAGAGCGGGGCGGGGGGGUCAUGGCUGCCGCUGCCGCCAGCCCCGAAAUGACAUCGGACGUUCCCUCCUUGAGUGCAACUGUUGCUUCUGGGAACCCUGGGCCGGGCACGCAGGCUGGAGGAACCGUUGUUCAGAGACCAAGCAAGAGACGCCCAGGGCUUGAUUUUGAUGAUGAUGGAGAAGGGAACAGUAAAUUCCUCAGAUGUGAUGAAGACCAGAUCCCAAAUGACAAAGAGAGAUUUGCCAGGUCUGAUGAUGAACAGAGUUCAGCGGAUAAGGAAAGACUUGCCAGGGAGAAUCACAGUGAGAUAGAGCGACGACGGCGCAACAAAAUGACAGCCUACAUCACGGAGUUGUCGGACAUGGUGCCCACCUGCAGUGCUCUGGCCCGCAAGCCAGACAAGCUGACCAUCCUGCGUAUGGCCGUGUCGCACAUGAAGUCCCUGCGGGGCACCGGCAACACCUCCACUGAUGGCACUUACAAGCCCUCCUUCCUUACGGAUCAGGAACUCAAACACUUGAUUCUAGAGGCAGCCGAUGGCUUUCUAUUCAUAGUGUCCUGUGAGACGGGAAGGGUGGUCUACGUCUCGGACUCAGUGACUCCUGUCCUAAACCAGCCCCAGUCUGAGUGGUUUGGCAGCACCCUGUACAACCAGGUGCACCCAGACGACGUGGGCAAACUGCGGGAGCAGCUCUCGACAUCUGAGAAUGCGCUGACGGGUCGUAUCCUUGAUUUGAAGACGGGGACAGUGAAGAAGGAAGGCCAGCAGUCCAUGAGGAUGUCUAUGGGCUCCCGUCGGUCCUUCAUCUGCCGAAUGAGGUGUGGCAGCAGCUCUGUGGAUACUGUCUCUGUGAACAGGCUUAGUUUCAUGAGGAACCGAUGCAGAAACGGAUUGGGUGCAGUGAAAGAUGGUGAGCCUCAUUACGUGGUGGUGCACUGCACAGGGUAUAUCAAAGCCUGGCCUCCAGCAGGCAUCUCGUUACCAGAUGAUGACCCAGAUGCUGGCCAGGGAAGUAAAUUUUGCCUUGUGGCCAUUGGCAGAUUACAGGUCACUAGCUCGCCCAACUGCACGGACAUAAGCAAUGUUUGUCAGCCAACAGAAUUCAUCUCCCGACACAACACUGAAGGCAUCUUCACCUUCAUAGAUCACCGCUGCAUGGCGACAGUUGGCUACCAACCACAGGAACUUCUGGGGAAGGACAUCAUAGAUUUCUGCCACCCGGAAGACCAGCAGCUCUUGCGGGACAGUUUCCAGCAGGUGGUGAAGUUAAAGGGCCAGGUGCUGUCAGUCAUGUUCCGCUUCCGUUCCAAAAACCGCGAGUGGCUCUGGAUGCGAACCAGCUCCUUCACCUUCCAGAACCCCUACUCAGAUGAGAUCGAGUACAUCAUUUGCACCAACACCAAUGUGAAGAACUCGAGCCAGGAGUCACGGCCUGCCCUGUCCAACGCCAUGCCAAGGCCGCAGCUGGGGCAGAGUGCCAGCCUUCCCCUGGAGAUGGGUGCAGCGCAGCUGGCAUCAAGACAGCAGCAGCCGCCACAGCAGCAGGCAGAGCUGGAAGCGGUUCCAGGAAGAGAGAGCCUGUCUGGGUACGAGCACUCGCAGGUCUCUGUUCAGCCAGUCACGGCGGCCGGCCCUGAACACAGCAAGCCCCUGGAGAAAGCAGAGACCCUGUUUCCUCAGGAGCGCGACCCAAGGUUCAGUGAAAUCUACCCCAGCAUCAGUACAGAUCAGAGCAAAGCCAUUCCUGCCAACACUGUGCCUACCAAUCAGCCGCUCUUUCCUCAGGGAAAUACUUUCACCCCUACCCGGCCCGCGGAGAACUUCAGGGGCAGUAGCAUGGUACCACCUGUAAAUAUUAUCCAGCAGCAAUCUGCCUCCACCGGACGAAUCUUAGCCCAGAUUUCUCGUCACUCCAACCCCACUCAGGUCAGCGGAACCAACUGGCCGGCUGGGACACGGCCCUCAUUCUCAGCACAGCAAGUGGCGUCCCAGGCCGUGAAGACCCGUUCUCCCUCAUUUGGGAUGGGCACCUUCCAAGGUACCCCCUCCUCCUUCAGUCCCAUGUCCACACCGGGCUCCACAGCCUCACCUGGUGGUGCUGCAUAUCCCAACCUCACCAGCCGUGGCACGGGCUUCACCACUGAGACUGGGCAGACGCCAGCCCCGUUUCAGGCACGGACGGCAGAAGGAGUGGGCAUGUGGCCUCAGUGGCAGGGACAGCACCACGGGCCGGCAUCAGGAGAGCAACAUGUGCAGCAACCACCCACCCAGUCGGAGGUCUUCCCGGACAUGCUGUCCAUGCUGGGAGACCAGGGAAGCAACUACAACAAUGAAGAAUUCCCUGAGUUAAACAUGUUCCCCUCCUUCUCGGAAUAAAACUGUUGUAAGUAAGGACAGCAGCCACCAUACAGUUCUCUCUCAAGUAUUUCCGUGUAAAGGAAAAGCACCUACAGCUUUCUUCCAAGACUGCUAAACUUUGGAAACACUUCCUUCCUCCCGGCGGCCGGGAACAUGCCCCCGAGAGUCCCAAAUGGAUGACUUGCCGUGGAGGAGGCAGCCAUGCCUCUGGGGUGCCGUGAGCACCAGUGGUACUGGUCACCAGAAGACUUCAGGACUGGAGUGCCCCCCUGUGGGGAAGUUCUGGUAACGCUCCUGGCUUGGGCAGCAGGGUGCCCUCAGCACAGAGCUUACACAUCUUUUCUUCAGUCCUUUUUUUAAGCUGUGUAUCGGAGCUGUUUUUAGACUUCAGCAGAAGGAUUCCACUCCCUCUCCUCCCCUGCCCUGAUUGACGCCGGGGGGUAGGAAUCCUCCUCAUCUCCAGCCUGUCGCGUGAGGUCUACACGUUGCCCAAUGAAGGGACUCCUUCUUUGCCAUCUCUUCAGGAAGUCGGGAGCAAGCUCGUUACCAGCUCCCUAGCUCAUGGGAGUGGUGCUCCGUUAGACCUCCAUGCACACGGCAGCACAGCUGCUUUUCAACCCAACCUCGUCCGUAAUCUGUGCAAUUCUUGUGAGUCUCUUAGCACAACCUAUAAACGUGUGGGGGACUUUCAUUCAUGUACACAUGGGAUAAUGAUGAGCCAUAACGUAGCUUUUGGGGGUCAGGGGUAAGUGAGUCAGGCCACAGCUGAAGGUGUCAGCACUGCCCUAAACCAGUGUUUAAACAGGUUCUCUGGAAGUCCAUCAAGGGGAAAAAAAUCCCCAUGCCUUUCCAUGCAGGUUAAGCUGUCUGCAUCUCCUUCCCUCCCUUCUCUUUGGUAAACCAAAUCACAAGCGUAUGGAUCAAGGAUCCAGGUAAAAAUAGCCAGGGGCUGGUGUUCACAUCCCCCAAGGUGUUUCAUUCUUGCCUUCAGGGAUCCCUUUAAAGAAAUCCUUCCUGCCUUACCACAAUCUCAUCCUUGGCCUAUGAGAUGGAGACUAACAAAAGCGAGAGCAUUUGCUGAAAUAGUUUAAGCCUUGUGUUUCCAGUUUGUUGGCAUCUUCCCUGAGGGGGAUAAAAACAAGAAGUGCCGGGCCCUUUCUCUGUGACUCCUGUAGACUCUCGGGCAGGCACCCCCUGGGUCUGGAAGCAUCAGAGCCAGAUGCUCAGGUUUUUCAUGUGGGUCUCUGGGUAUUUCCAGAGCGCUGAUGGCUCUCCAGCAUCAGGAUUUAAGCUCUGCCUUCUCAUGCUUUCACUCAGACAACGGUUCAGAAGCUAACAGCACGGGACAAUGCUUUGCAAAGGUCCUGAGAAAUUGAAGGUGGGGGCGGAUCCUGGAGACAGAGGUUGGAGACUAACAGGAGAUUCUGGCUAUGAGGGUGGUCAAGCAUUGGAAUGGGCACCUGGAGAGGUGGUGGAGUCUCCAUCCUUGGGAGCUCUUGAGCAGGUUGGACAGAUGCUUGGCUGGGAUGGUUGAGUCAAGGUUAGUCCUGCCUUGAGCAGGGGCCUGGACUAGAUGUGACCUUGUAAGGUCCCUUCCAGCCCUGCUUUCCCAUCAUCCUCAGUGCUGUUUUCAGAAGAUCGCUUCAGCAUUGGGGAGCUUUGCAAAACAUCUCCUCUUCUCCCCCCCCCCCCCCCCCCCGUCUCCUGCAUCUGCUCCAUGCUGGGUUGAUUAUCAGGGUUGCCAACAGCAAUAAUAACACAUGGCUCUUCUCUCCAGCUGGCUUUCCAAAUACCUUCUCCAAAGGUCUUGGGCCUGCUGGGCCAGUGCUUUCUCAGGCUGAGAGCAAGUCCCCUAUGCAUCAAGUGUCCUACAGAUCUGGAUCCCAGGCACAUGUGAACCAGCUGGCAGGGAGCGUGCAACUGAGCCCAGCAGCUGCAUCCGUGUCUUCACUUUACCAAACAAAGACAAGGGAAACUAGCCUGGGAAGCCCGGACUGGCAGACAGCGCUCUUCCUCUCCACAGCCAUUAAGAAUGGACCAGUGUUGCUCCCCCAGCCGUCAUAUACUGUAUGUGCAUCUUGUAACGAGGGGCUAAAGUAGAACUUGGCCUCUCUGUAGUAUAUGGCGAGCAUCAGGCUGAGGCUGUAGCUUCAUCGCUCCACCCAGGGGCAGGAGGCUUGCUUGGUACCAAGCAGGUGCUAGCAGCUCAGUGGAGCUAUAAGGAAGAACCCUGGGUCUUGCCCUGGGGAGCUGCUCUUUCAGCUCAGGCCCCAGAGUCCCCCAAACAGAGCUCCUGCCAAAGAGCCCCAUCACUGGCUAUUAGCUGGUGGCGGUGGAAUAGCUGGGUGCCCAGCAGCAGUCUCAGCCCCCCCAGUGAAAUUACCUGGCCAGGCUCAUCGAGCAGCAUUAACACACCCAGGCCUCUUUACGCCUGUGCACAUUCAGGUGCCAUGUUAGGAAGCACCAAGAUGGCGUUUUGAUCCUGCAUUUCCCGCUGCCUGAUGGAUGCAGGAUGAGGCCAGGAGGGUGCUGGCAGCUGGGGAGAGCGGAGCUCAGUCCUUGGUGCUGUUAGGACAUGAUAGGCCCUUUAAGACCUGCAUAUCGAGUCCCUAGGCUCACAGCCCUGGCGGGCAGGUCUCCGGGGAGGGCCCAUCUGGUCCAGCCGCCUGCUUGGGCCAGGAUCACUUUGUCUGAACCAGCCUGGACAAGGGUUUAUCUUGUGUCUGGCGAGUGAAAUGCCAGCUAGCAGCAGUAAGAAGAGCCCCGUUCAAACAGGAGGAGCGCAGGCGAGCCCCAUGGGCACGUCCACCUGAGCUAGGGAAAGGCUGAGUGGCCCCCUGGUUUUGAUAAUCUUAUUUUUUAAAUGUGAGCUGGAAUAUUUUAUUGUACAACUCGCUUAGGGGGGAGGGGGGAGCUUUAGCUACAGCUGUUUUGGAAGCCUCUUGCCCCGGCAGGGGCUGCGGGGUUGUAUGUAGCAGAGAUUUUACACCAAGAUAUUUUUUUUUCCAA